GACCAGUCCAGUCAAGUUGGUACACCUCUCCUCACGUUCCAUCCGGUCUUGCCGAAAGCUAUCUAGUGGUCAAUCUGUGGCAAUCUGUGUAUCUCGAGCAGGUACGAAACGAGGGUUAAGCGAGCCACGCCAUUGGCGAAGUAAUUGUCCGAAAGUGCAUACGCUGAUGUGCAUGCCAUGCAGCUGAGGUCGAACUCCGACUGGAUGCUUCUGCAGAUACUUUCCGGAAUGCGCGGUCAAACUGCAUGAUCGUUCCCUGUCCGUUCAACUGACUGUCGCAACAUCAACGUUCUACGGAGGAUUAGUCCGUACAGAGUGUCAGGUUUUGUGGACUCCACAGUACAUUGAACUACAUGCGUGCUUGUGAGGCGGCAUACAGGGUCGAGAAAGCGUUUAGUCUUCUGAAGGAUUGCUCAUGGCUAGGGCACGUCAUUGCCAUGACUUUUGCACAAGACAAGCAAGGUUGGGCGGAGGGAGGGACAUCGUCGGAGAGAUUCACACAGCUAGACUGGUGCCGCGCAAUGUUUUAUCUGUCUUGUGAAAAUCUGCCAGGCUCAUGUUGCUGUGCUGGAAGCUCGAUGCUAUCCGUGGUAUGGCAACUACGCGAGCAUUGUUGGGCAGCAGCUUGUGAGUAGUGUGUCGGUAGGUUCCAGGAUUGGCAUCUGCCAAUCGUCACAGGUCAGGUUACACGAGAUAAGCGAGUG